UAUGUAGCAAGCUACGAACUUGACCGCAGCAAAAUGUUCAAUUUCGGAUCAAAAAUACUUGUACUUUUUCUCGUGGCUUUCCCAUGUGGCCUGAUAUCCUUCGGCCAAGUAUCUGCAGACUCUGAGUCUGCGGAAGACAUUUCCCCAGAUUCAAUAGUCGAUGAGGAGGAGGAGGAGGAGGAGGAAGAGGAUGAGGUGCUGGUGGAAGAAGAUCAGGUCCCAGGCUCAGAAACAGAGGAUGACAUAGAUGAAGAUGCUGCAGUUGGAGAUGUAACCUCUCACCCUGAUGCUGACACCACCAUUGUCUUUGUGACUGGGGAAGAGUUCCCAGCCAAUGAGAUUGUGAAGUUCCUGGUGGGUUUCACCAACAAGGGAAGCCAGGAUUUCACUGUCCAUUCCCUGGAGGCCUCCUUCCGUUACCCUCAGGACUUCCAGUUCUACAUCCAGAAUUUCACAGCCUUGCCCCUGAGCACUGUGGUCCAGCCCCAGAAGCAGGCCUCCUUUGAGUACUCCUUCAUCCCUGCUCAGCCUAUGGCUGGUCGUCCCUUCGGCCUGGUUAUUCUACUCAACUACCAGGACAGUGAGGGCAACGGUUUCCAGACGGCCAUUUACAACCAGACCGUCACUAUCGUUGAGCUGGAGGAGGGACUGGAUGGAGAGACAAUAUUCAUGUAUAUCUUCCUGACUGGAUUGGUUGUCUUGGCGGUCUUUGGCAUGUACCAGGUGCUGGAGUCUAGGACGAGGAAGAGGUUCCCCGUGAAGGUGGAGACGGGCACUGGUGGGAUGAACGGUGUGGACAUAAGCUGGAUUCCCCAAGAGACCCUCAACAUCAUGAGCAAGGCAUCUGCAUCCCCUAAAGCCUCUCCAAGGAAACGCACCAAGAGAGCGGUGGGAGUAGAUCAGUAAACUAUUCCAUGAUGCGGUCAUCUUCAUAUCAAUAUCCACCAGGCCCAUGUUCAAGGCCCAUGACAUCACAACAGUCAACACCAUCAACCUCUGGUCAACCUCUGGGUGGACCUAGUUAGUUAUCCAAGAGCUUUUUGCUGCUGAUACAUAGGCAUACACCAAAUGUCUCAAUGUCAAGGGUUCUUGGACUGAAGACACUGGUGUCACGAAUGUGUCCCAUUUAGACACCACUCUAGUUGGACAUGGUCAUAAUUGUGCAAAUUUGGCCCACAUUUUGUUUAAUUAAAGGAACUUGUUUUUU